GGGAAACGGAAAACACCUUGAGGCCCAAGGCUGUCCGUAUUUCUUGAUAUGAUAGGUUACUUCCCUCGCGGGUUGGCAGGGAUAAUAGGUACAAGUUCCAACUCACUUAUCCAGCCAUCCUCGAUAUCUCUCUCUUCCCUAAUAUUAACCCUGGGACUCGUAGAAGUCAUAGUCUCACGAUUGAUUCGCUAUUCUUCUCUCUGGAGAACCAUUUAAUUUCCCUUUCUAUAUUGACGCUUCACCUGGAAAAUCACCAACGCUCAUGCCUCUUGACUGGAGGCCUAGAGCUUACGGUUUUCUAUACGCAACACCAAGUCAGCACACGCACCCCAUCCGCUACAGAAGGUUAAAAAAGCAUAGAAAAUGAAAAAGGGCCAUCCAAUUUUAAAAGGAGCUAACAAUUACGAGAAACCAAAACCGGCCCAUGAGCCCUGGGCACGUACACAGAUACAAAUGAUUCCCGAUUGGGGGGCAGUGUAUUCGUAUUAUAGUAUCACCAGGUGGACGCUGAUGGAAAGCUGUCUGCGCGGAAUCCCAAUGGCCGCCGUAUUAAAAAGAGACCCGAGGAUAUCGUCCGGGGAUGGAGAAAGGGCGGACACCCACCCACCCGGGUAAACAGUGCCCCAACGAUCUCUGAUCUACCCACACGGCGAUCGAAACCUCCUUUGGCACCUCGUCGUUAACACACUGAACUACAGCCGAAUUAACCACGGGCAAUAUCCGGCGCCUCCCCAACGCACACGGGUCCCCUAGCUACAGGGAACACCAAUGAUCAUUCCUUCAUGACGUCUGUUUCUAUCAAGACAGGGUUACAAACAGCAAACGGGGGACGUUCUAAGGCUUCCAUCACCUAAUCUAGUUCUCGACCCAGCGGUCUACGCGCGAGCGUAUGGGGAAUGUAAUAUAGUUGUAGUCAUUCACUGAAAAGGGAGGGAGGGAAAGGGGGGGUAGGAAGCGGACUCGAUCAGCGUCGCCUGUCCCGAACGGACCGGGACGGGCAGCCGCCUGGGAAUACAUAGCCGCGGCGUGCUAGCGAGCGAGGCCCAGCCGUCGAAAACUUGCACAAUGACUGCGCCAUGUUCUAUGUAUCGCGCCUCCGCUCGGGCGAGCAGACGCGUUCCGGAUCCUCCGCCCAGCUCCCCCCGGUGCACCCCCGGAGCUCCGAGUGCUUAGAAUUGAUAGAAACCAGGGCAGUACUCGCCGCCACGGCGUGUUUGGCACCCAUCGCGAUGGCCGCGCCGAGAUCCAACGAGGAAAUGGAUCCAAAGGGCUGCCCCCCCUCUCCCCUCCCUCUCCCCUUUCCUUUUCUUCCCUUCCCUUCCCGACGCAUCCGAGGCCGCGUUACAAACACAACUCCUGGAAGCAGAUCGCCGCCUCCCUCCACUCCAUGACCGCGCAUCGCAGCAGGUUCUCCUCGUUGCACUGGUCUUCGCGCUUCGCCACCGCCGUCGGGAUCGUCGCCCUCAGCUUCAGCGCCUCGUCGGCGCCCGCGCCCGCGCACACCUGCGCGAAGCAUAUCGUGCUCUCGAGUCCCGUGUCGGCAACGCAUUCGGCGAUCGCGGCCAGCGAGCACGCGACGCUUUCGGUAGUCCUGGCGGCGCCCGCUGCGCUGCCGUCGGCGGCGCCGAGCGGCAGUGACGCGACGAGGGAGGCGCACACGGCGAGAAGGACGGCGACAUUCGGGAGAGCCGGGAACAACAUGGCGGCCGGCGGUCGGGGGGGUUUGCUUUCUGCGCUCUGGGCGGGUGCUGGAAUGAAUGUGGUAGCUGGGGUGGGCUGUAAGGAACGUGGUGUGCUAUAUUUGCGUUCGUGUAUAUUGUUUGGAAUAAAAAUGCAACUGGUAGAAACGACAGUUAACGAAAGGAAUCGGCAUGUACACACAGCGGGAUCAACACGCGAUGGGAGUGUUCAGGAUCGAGGGGGAGCGGCGACGAUCCUCCCGGCUUCUUCUUUAUAUGAGCGCAAACGGAACGACGCCGGCAGGCCAGAGGGAAACACAUCAUCCCCCCCCACUCCCUGCCUCUCGUGCCCCCCCCCCUUCAGCUAUUCCUGGUACGAAUGCGAAAUCGUGAGGCAAGGUAUGCUCUCCACCUCAUCUCGAAGCCGCGUGUGUGCUGCUCUACGUAGGCAUACGUGGUUAUGGCGAUAGGUAGGCCAGCGAUUUCAAACGGCCUAAGUGAGGCCUCGUCAUCUUCUAGCGAGUACGUGGUCCUGAUUCUACCACGGUGACAUGGGUUUUAUGUUUCUGCACUGAAACGCCGUCGGCCGACCCAAACCCCGGAUUCUCU